AUGAGUGACGAAAAGCACACAACUGAAGUUUUUCAAAAGACCGCUGGCGGUAACGCUGCCUUCCACAACUACAUCAAUGACUUUUCGCAUAUUGAGGAUCCAUUGGAAAGAAGAAGAUUGGCUCUGCAAAAAAUUGACGAUGCUCCUUUCGGCUGGUACCACGUCCGUGCCAUUAUGGUUGCUGGUGUCGGUUUCUUGACUGACUCGUACGAUAUCUUUGCUAUCAACUUGGGUAUCACCAUGAUGUCUUACGUUUUCUGGCAAGGUUCUAUGCCUUCGUCCACUUCCACUCUGUUGAAGGUUUCCACUUCUGUUGGUACUGUUAUUGGUCAAGUCGGUUUCGGUGUCAUGGCUGAUGUCGUCGGUCGUAAGAAGAUUUACGGUGUUGAAUUGAUUAUCAUGAUUUCAGCCACUAUUUUGCAAUGUACCAUCGGUAAGGCUCCAGGUGUCAGCUUUGUUGCCACUUUGACCUUCUACCGUAUUGUCAUGGGUAUCGGUAUCGGUGGUGACUACCCAUUGUCUUCUAUUAUCACUUCUGAAUUCUCUACCACCAAGUGGAGAGGUGCCAUUAUGGGUGCCGUUUUCGCCAACCAAGCUUUCGGCCAACUUGCCGCUGGUAUCAUCGCUUUGAUCUUGGUUGCUGGUUACAAGAACGAGUUGAUCACCGCCAACAAGGGUUCCGAGUGUGGUGAAGCCUGUAUCAAGGCCUGUGACCAAAUGUGGAGAGUUUUGAUCGGUUUGGGUUGUUUCCCAGGUUGUAUUGCAUUGUACUUCAGAUUGACCAUCCCUGAGUCCCCUCGUUACACUUUGGAUGUUGAGACCAACCUAGCCAAGGCUGUCGCUGACACUUCCAAGUUCGUUUCUGGUGAACACGGUAACGCUGAAGUCGAAGAAAUUGCUCGUUUGGAAAGAGCUCCAACUGCAGUUGAACAAUACGAAAUCCAACCACCAAAGGCUUCUUUCAAGGACUUCUGCAGACAUUUCGGCCAAUGGAAAUACGGUAAGAUCUUGCUUGGUACUGCCGGUUCCUGGUUCAUGUUGGAUGUUGCUUUCUACGGUUUGGGUUUGAACUCCGCUGUCAUUUUGCAAACCAUCGGUUACGCCAGUUCUAACAAUGUUUACAAGAAGUUGUACAACACUGCCGUUGGUAACUUGAUUUUGAUUUGUGCUGGUUCCUUGCCAGGUUACUGGGCUUCUGUCGCUACCAUGGAUAUUGUUGGUAGAAAGCCAAUUCAAUUGUUCGGUUUCUUCAUCUUGACUGUUUUGUUCUGUGUCAUCGGUUUUGCUUACAACAGAUUGAACGACGGUGGCUUGCUAGGUUUGUACAUCGUCUGUCAAUUCUUCCAAAACUUCGGUCCUAACGUGACCACUUUUAUCGUUCCUGGUGAAUGUUUCCCAACCAGAUACAGAUCUACUGCCCACGGUAUCUCUGCUGCUGCUGGUAAGGUCGGUGCUAUUAUCGCUCAAACUGCUUUGGGUACUUUGAUCAACUACCACUGUGCCAGAGACGGUAAGAAGACAAACUGUUGGUUGCCACACGUUAUGGAAAUUUUCGCUUUGUUCAUGUUGUGUGGUAUCUUCACCACCCUCUUGAUCCCAGAGACCAAGAGAAAGACCUUGGAACAAAUUUCUGAGGAAUAUCACGAUGAGGUCGACGCUGGUAAGUACGCUCACGGUUCUGCUGGAUCCACUUCCAGCCAAGGUGAAUCUGUUUAA